AUGGCGGUCAAGCACUACGAGGAUAUGUUGGUCAAGUGCAAAGCUGGACGAAAGACAACUCUCCUCUCUUUCACUCGCAAUGCUUUCUUUGGCUAUCUUGAACCCGUGAGGAAGGCGGUUGAAAAUGGCACGGCCCCCGAUUUAACUGGAACCGAAACACCAUUCAAACAUGGCUAUGCGGCAUGGGUUGUUCUCGGCGCACAAAGAGCUAUAAGUGGUCCUCCCGGAGCUAUGCAACAUUUGGAGACCCUGGACUUUCUUCUCUCGAGCGGGGCACCACCCAAUGUCGAAGGUAUCGAUGGCUACACGGCUUUACAGCACGCUACGACAUACAAUCAGGAGCAGUUCGAACUUGCGCGAUGCCUGCUUAGGCAUGGAGCGAACAUAAACCACAGAAAUCGCUACGGUGUGAUUUCGCUCCUCAGUGCCCUGAUGCAUCAAGCGCUUCCGUCUGUAGACUUUCUCGUGGAGCACGGUGCGGACUUGGACAUUCCAGAUGCGGACGGUUUCACUGGUCGCUACAUGUACGUCAAAUGCGGACCGCAAGUCGUUUCUAUCGUCAACAAGUGGAUUUCUCAACGAAAGAUGGGGUCGAGCAUUUCGGACGAAAAUGCCGAAACUCAGCUGCGUUGUGGGGGUUUGUCCGUCCCGCCUGCAAUGCAGACAAUUCUCGCUCGCCCAGGGUUCAUCAGCUUGAAGCAAGGUAGCGAGUCCCUUCGAAAAUUGUACCAGAUAGGAAGUCUCAACCUUGAUCAUCGCCUUCUUUCGCCUUUUGCCCAAACUGUGUUCAUUGGUAUCCGCGAGAAUGUCAUCAAAGCGUUUGCAGAAUUCCAGCCAGAUUUAUCAGAAACCGAGACUCCUUAUAAGCUGGGCUAUGCGUCUUUAGCUAUCUUCGGCGUGCAAGCCGUGGUAGGACCUCCGGGGUCUCAAGACUAUGUCGGUGUUCUACAAUUUCUGUUUUCAAAGGGGCUUCCUGUGGAUAUUGCCGACAUCACUGGCUUUACUGCUCUCGACCACGCCUGCAUGGCUCAACAAUCCUUGGAAGACUUGGCGAGGGUUUUAUUGGUCAAUGGAGCAGACCCAAAUCAUCAGGAUCGUUACGGGGCCUCGAUUGAGACUGCCAUUUUUGGGGCCAUGCAGCACAACCAUGUUGGGACUGUGGAUGCACUCAUGGAGUACGGGGCCGACAUAGACCUCAAGGAUGCGGACGACUGCAGUCCUAGAGACUGCUUUGGUAGUUGCGGACCGCAAAUCACAGCCACGAUCACCAAAUGGAUCCGGAAGCGGUCUGGGGAGGAAGCACCGAGGGAAGUCAAGGGUUGUGACUAUUGCGGAAAGCCGUGGUCAGAGGAAAGCCCACUCAAAAACUGUGGACGGUGUCGAAUUGCAAGAUACUGCUCCCCACAGUGCCAAAAGAACUCAUGGCCAAAGCACAAGAAAACCUGCGCACCUUUCUCCUCAGAGAAUACUGUAACGCUCAAGCCGACGUACCUAGCUAACGCCGCCAGCUAUUCCAACGCAGACCUCACUCGUAAUUUGGCCGGGUAUAGCAAAGGGCCUCUUCCAAAAGCCGCUUCAGUUGCGACUUAUAAAAAGUUGCAUGGCGAGGCAAAGAGCAUUGUGAUUAAGGUUCAAGUCCCUUUCACUGGCAGUUAUCCCAUAACCAGAAGUACCGGAGACCUGAUGGUGUACACGAAAAAGCGGGACUUCGCAUGCACGAUAAGGAGGUCGGAUGGGCCGGAGCCUUACGAGCAAAUCUCGGAGGUGGUGAGAACGAAGGGAGUGGGUGGAGCGAAAGCAUAUUUCGCUGCGGAAUUGGAGAGCAAGGACCGGUUGGUAGUCAAGAUAUCAGAGCCGCUGGCUGAACAGCCUUGGUGA